CGCCAGGGAAAUUUCAAGCUGGUGCUAGUUGUAAGCGCAAGUGUCUUGCUUUGAUACCAGAUUUGCGACUUCGUCAAUUUGGCCAAUCUAGCAAACAUGGCGCCCAAGAACGAUGCGGGAAGUAAGAGGAAGCUCCCUAGCCGUAGCAAAGACUCAACAAGCAAGAAACCUAAAUUCGAAAAGCGCCCUCCGCCGCCUCCCGCAGACGAGGACGAUAGUAUAAGUGACGCCGACGACUUUGACGGUAUUUCUGAUCAGGAUGACGAAGGCGGUGCUACAUUAAAUGGGAAGAAAGAUCAAAGGAAUGGUAAUGGCCCUGCUCGCUCUAAAAAUGGAGAUGACGAGGCUGGGAAGACUUUCGAAAGAGGUCAAACCUCGAGAGAGUCCCACCAGAAACAGAAACAAUUGGCCCAAGAGCGGAAGGCUGGCAAACCUCUUGCCGACGAAUUGAACCGAGCUAAGAAACUAUGGGAGAGACUGCGCAGGAAGUCGCAUGUACCAAAGGAGGAGCGAGACAAGCUUGUCGAAGAGCUGUUUGCCAUCACCACUGGACGAAUGAAGGAUUUCGCACUCAAGCACGAUGCGGUCCGCGUUGUUCAGACAGCCAUCAAAUACUCCACACCCGAAAGGCGGAAGAUGAUCGCGAAAGAGCUCCAGGGUACCUAUGCGCUGCUAGCUGAAAGCAGGUACGCUAAGUUCUUGAUCGGCAAGCUUAUUGUCGAAGGCGACAAUGAGGUCCGGGAUCUGAUCGUUCCUGAGUUCUAUGGCCGUGUACGAAAGAUGAUCAACCACCCAGAAGCAUCUUGGAUCCUGGACGAUAUAUACCGAGGCGUUGCGUCUAAAGAACAAAAGGCGAUCCUACUUCGGGAAUGGUAUGGGCCAGAUACCUUCAUCUUGAAGGGGACCAAAGAAGGAGACGCUGCGCCAACAGCUGAGCUUUCGGAGAUUCUGGAAAAGGAGCCAGGAAAACGGGGACCGAUCAUGAAAUACUUGCUGGAUUUGACCAAUCAAUUGAUCCAGAAGAAGAUGACGGGCUUCACGAUGCUCCACGAUGCUAUGUACCAGUACUACACGAAUGUGAAACAGGGGUCUGAGGAAGCCAAGGAAUACAUGGAAAUGAUCAAGGAAGAUGAGAAUGGUGAUCUGCUCAAAAAUAUGGCCUUUACCAAACACGGAGCUCGCCUAGUAUGCUUACUUCUAGCAUAUGGCACGUCUAAAGAUCGAAAACAGAUCUUGAAAACGUACAAGGACACAUUUCAACUCGUGUCCUCCGAUCCUCAUGGUCAUCUCAUCAUACUUACUGCCUAUGACACUAUCGAUGACACGAAGUUAAUGUCAAAAUCUACCAUUACCGAAUUAAUAGGCAAGUCGGAACAAAAUGAAGCUUCCAACGUCGUUCUUCUGGCCAAUGACCCCAACGCCAAGUUGACAAUACGAUAUCUGCUCGAAGGCGCGAGUAAAGUGUUAUUUGAUGGAAGCCGUGCAAACGAUCUUCAACUACUCGAGCAAAUUUGGGAAAUCCGCAAAACUACCAGCAAAAAGGAUCCGGAAACUCGCCGGAAAGAAUUAGUUGCGGCUCUGUCGCCAUCGCUACUGGCUGCCAUAGCUUCAUCACCGGAGGACUUGGUAGCUACCUCGUUUGGGUGCCAAUUGGUGACGGAAGCCCUUAUUUCCUGCGAUGGGGACAAGACCGCAGCACUGAAAGCCGUGGCAUCAACAGCAGGAGGUGAUCCAGAUGCGGAGCCUGAAGAGAGUGGCGAAGAAAAUGAUACUGCAGCCACUUUUUCUUCUCCUCCUCAUAUCUCUAAGUUCCCUCAUGGCGGACGUAUGUUCAAGACCUUGAUAUCCGGUGGCCACUUUGAUAAAUCUACACGCAAAGUUAUACCAUGUGACCCACCGCUUCAUUUUGCCGACAUUCUAUAUCCAGUCAUCAAGGAGCACAUUAUGUCCUGGGCGACAGGACCUAGCUCUUUCGUUGUGCUUAACUUACUUGAGGCGGACGACUUUUCCAAUGGGAACGAAUUGAGAAAGACCCUAAAGAAGAACAAGAAGCAACUCGAGAAGGCAGCAACCGAGGAAACACCGGAGCAAAAGGCAGCUCGGGAGGCUGCUACAACUGACGGCGAAGCCGAGAAAGCGCCAAAGAAGGGCAAGAAAUCGGGCGGCAAGAAGGAAAAGCCCGUGGGUAAUAUGGGCUCUAAGUUAUUACUCGAGAAAUUGAAUUAGACGGCGUUUUAUGGGGCUAUGAGCGCUCGAGAACUCCGAUGUAGAGAAGCGGAAGCGCAUUCAAAUUGAAUUUAAUACAUUCAGGACAAUUCUUUCUUUCUUCAUUGAUAACCAUGGGGUUUUGAUAAUUGUAGCUCUUCUGGCAGCAGGUAUUCGUGCCAGCAUGCUAAGCAAUAGUACGUAUACGUAAUACAGAGUGAUCCGAAUUCUGCCGGACGUGUUACAGCGACGAAUGUGUUAGAUCACUGCCC